UGACACACCUAAUAAAAACUUCCUGAUCAAACUGCUUUUCCGUUCUCAAAUCGAAGGCAAUUGAAAGCUCUCAGAUAGCUUCAACAGUUUGUUUGGUCGCCUUGAAAAUUUCUGAAAAAACUUAUUUGGUAAAAGUUUGAUAUUCUUUUUGAACUCUAUCGAGUACAUAAUCAGCAACUAAAAUGCAGGCAUCGAGGGCAAGGUUAUUUAAGGAAUACAAAGAAGUGCAACGAGAGAAAUCAGCUGACCCAGAUAUUCAAUUAGUUUGUGAUGAUUCCAACAUAUUUAAAUGGACUGCUCUUAUCAAGGGACCAUCAGAGACUCCUUUUGAGGGUGGAGUCUUCCAGCUUGCUUUUGCUGUUCCAGAGCAAUAUCCUUUGCAACCUCCGCAAGUGCGGUUUUUAACAAAAAUAUUCCAUCCAAAUGUGCAUUUUAAGACAGGAGAAAUAUGCCUUGAUAUCUUGAAAAAUGCAUGGAGCCCAGCCUGGACACUUCAGUCUGUUUGUAGGGCUAUUAUUGCUUUGAUGGCACACCCGGAACCUGAUAGUCCACUAAACUGUGAUUCAGGCAACCUGCUGCGUUCGGGUGAUACCAGGGGAUACCAAUCCAUGGCAAGGAUGUACACUAGACUUGCAGCAAUGCCUAAGAAAGGCUGACUUUAGUGCUGUUUAAUGUGAUGAAUCAUGAGAGGAUUAAUCGGUCCAAAAGAAUUAUUUUCGAAUUUCAAACUUACAUUGUUUCUGUAUUUAUAAUUUAUACUACUAUAAAAAGCAUCAUUGAAACUGACAUGUCAUAUGUGACACACUAUGUUUGCCAAGGAUGAAUGUAAAAGUUUUUUUUUAAGUGUUGUCUAUUUUCAGUUGGUUUGUACUUUUUUUUA